CGGGCCGCGGUCCAGCCGGCCGGAUAUCCGUGACGAGGCGGAAGCGGGCGGCCCUUUCCUCGGCGGAGCGCAGCCAUGGCUCGCGGUCCCAAGAAGCACCUGAAGCGUGUAGCAGCUCCAAAGCAUUGGAUGCUGGAUAAAUUGACAGGAGUGUUUGCUCCCCGUCCAUCAACAGGUCCCCACAAAUUGAGGGAAUGCCUUCCACUCAUCAUCUUCCUUAGAAACAGACUCAAGUAUGCCCUGACAGGAGAUGAGGUCAAGAAGAUCUGCAUGCAGAGGUUCAUCAAGAUUGAUGGCAAAGUCCGCACUGACAUCACCUAUCCUGCUGGCUUCAUGGAUGUCAUCAGCAUUGAGAAGACAGGUGAGCACUUCCGUCUGGUAUACGACACCAAGGGUCGUUUUGCAGUUCACCGCAUCACAGCUGAAGAAGCCAAGUACAAGCUGUGCAAGGUGAGGAAGAUAUUUGUGGGCACUAAAGGAAUCCCUCACCUGGUGACCCACGAUGCCCGUACCAUCCGCUACCCAGAUCCCCUCAUCAAGGUGAAUGACACUAUCCAAAUUGACCUGGAGACUGGCAAGAUCACAGACUUCAUCAAGUUUGACACAGGUAACCUGUGUAUGGUGACUGGUGGUGCUAACUUGGGCCGUAUUGGUGUGAUCACUAACCGGGAGAGACACCCAGGCUCGUUCGAUGUGGUGCACGUGAAGGAUGCCAAUGGCAACAGCUUUGCCACCAGGCUCUCUAACAUUUUUGUUAUUGGCAAAGGUAACAAGCCAUGGAUCUCCCUGCCCCGUGGAAAGGGAAUCCGUCUGACCAUUGCUGAAGAGAGAGACAAGAGACUGGCAGCCAAACAGAGCAGCAGUUAAACCCUCAAAAGUGGACAAACAGCAGGCCAUUUCCUGUGUCAAAUAAAAUUACCAACUAUAAAA